UAGACUGAAAUCUCCUACCAUGGGGGAAGAAGGCGGCGGCCGCAGCUGUGGGAUCACUAGGGAGCUGCAGAAGCUGAAGCAGCAGGCGAUCGAGUACUACCGGGAGAACGACGUUCCGCGCAGGCUGGAAGAGCUGCUCAACUCCACCUUCUACCUCCAGCCUGCCGACGUCUACGGGCACCUGGCAAACUACUUUUCCAAGCUUGCAAAGCCUCCCACUAUAUGCAGAGUUGUGGGAAAAAGCAUCCUGGAUGGACUGGGGCUUCCCACACUGCAAGUGGAAAUAUUCUGCACCAUUCAAAAUUUUUCUAAGCACAUCUGUUCUGUGGAGAUCUCCACUGACUUUGAAGUUCUGGAGAACGCUUCAUCAGAGCUGGUAGAAGCAGAAGAGGCAGAGAGGGACAUGGCAGUGAACACAGCAGUGCAGUGGAUCAACGAGGCCAUCACGGAGGAGCUGCAGGGCCGGAUAGCCACUAGACAGGCUGAGGUGGACCAAGUACUCAGGACAUUCUUUGCAAAUAAAGUACAAGAAGAUAAGGAGCAGAAAGAGUUGGAGAAAACCAUGGAAGAGUCUACAGCACCUGUUCCUCCACCUGUAACACCACCCCCACCCCCUCCACCUCCUCCCAAAAAGAAAGGGCCCAAGUCAGGACGAAAGGACACUCUUAAUGAGAAACCUAUCCUGCCUGCAGAACCCCCUGAAGCCAUAUUCUGUGGCAGUAUGGCCAUUGGGGCUGUGUCACUAGCUAUUGCCAAAACCAGUGCCACACUGGACAAUAUUCCUCUGUAUUUGAACAUGGCAUUACUAAAGCACAAUCAGGAACAGCCAGCAACACUAACUAUGCCUUUACUGAUGGGAUCGCUGGUCAGCUGUGGGAAGUCAUCACCUGGGAAGUUGAAUUUAAUGAAAGAAGUGAUUUGUAUACCCCAUCCUGGAUUAUCAACCAAACAGGGCGUGGAGAUGCUUUUGGAAAUUCAGAAACAAAUUAGCAAAGCAAUGGAAACGUUGCCACCUCCAAAAGCAGAGACAAAGAAAGGGCAUGAUUCAAGCAAAAGAGGUCAACCACUGAUCACUGGCAAGAUGUCCCACCUUGGCUGUUUAACCAUUAACUACGACACAAUAGAACAACCCCUGCUUCUAAUCCAGGGAGCCUGUGUGAACCUGGGACUAGAACUGGGCAGGAAUCUGCAUCUGGCCAUCAACUGCGCUGGACACGAGCUCAUGGACUAUAGUAAGGGGAAGUACGAAGUGAUGGUAGGCACCCACAAAAACUUCACUGAGAUGGUUGACCUGUAUGUGGAUCUGAUCAACAAGUACCCCUCCAUUAUUGCCUUAAUUGAUCCUUUCAGGAAGGAGGACGUUGAGCAGUGGGAGAGCAUCUACACAGCGGUUGGUUCCAAGUGCUAUAUAAUUGCAGGAGCUGCAUCCAAAAGCAUUUCAAAACUUCUAGAGAAUCAAAUCACCAGCAUCCCCAAAUGCCAUGGACUGAUCCUGAGACAUACCAAUCAAACGACGAUGUCUGAUAUGGUAGAAAUAACCAAUCUUGCCGACAGUAAGAAGCAAAUCGUCAUUCUUGGAACUACAGAAGGAGAGUCGUCUGAUGACAGCCUUGUCGAUUUGGCUGUUGGACUCGGUGUCCGGUUUGUCAAGUUGGGGGGUCCUUCUCGAGGAGAACGAGUGACUAAGUACAAUCGUCUUCUGAAUAUAGAGGAAGAACUUGUCCAGAAUGGGACCUGGGGUGCUAGUGAAGAACACACUUUCUUCCCCUUUACCGAGGAUGCCGAGAAGCCUGCUACGGCCGCACUGAGUGAGCUGGUUCCCCAGGAGCCCAUCUUCCCCACCGAGGUUAUAGAGGGCUCAGCUAGACGCUGAGCAUCUUUGAGGUGGGGCUGGGCCCCAGGCCAGAGGCAUCCCUUGCGUGCGUGCUAGGCUCAUAGGUCUGAAGUAUGUCUCCAUGUUGGCUUUGUUGUGAAAACUUCACUAACGCAUGUGAUUUUCAUUUCUUUAAUCUCAUUGUUUGGUGUAUAUAUAUAAUGCCCCAAAUUUUGUCAUACUUCCAUGGAGACACUAGUUCCACUCUCCAUUUUUCAGGAUCACGUUUCUUAGAUGCAUUUUUGUUGUCAAAUUCCAUACUCUUAACGUCUUGUUCAUUACAAAUCAGAACACCUCUAAAAAUACCAUGUCUGCAUUCUUCAAGAAGUUCUCCAUGACCAGUGGGUGUCCACCUUCUGUGUUCCUUUUCCACCUCUGUGCUGACACAGAGCCAGCCUUGGGUAGAACUAGGAGAGGGGUGGGUACCCUUUUGGGAAGAGCUGAAUGGCUUCAGCCCCCUUUCCUACACUUGACUCCUCUUUCGCCACUCCCCCUUCUUAAAUUUUACUCUUGUAUUUUACUUUUUUACCUAUGUGAAUCUCCUCAGACACUUUUUUAGAAGGACAAGUACAAAUAAGUACAGGGGCUAGCAAAUAUUCCUAAGGUUAUUAGCUAUCAGUUAGUUACACAACCGCUUUUUAAAGAUUUGGAAGGUUAAAAAUGAUGUAACGUGCAAUAUUGACUGAGUCACCUCUUUUGUAAGUCACUGUUGGGGUUAUAGAACUGGAAUACCAGAAAU